AUGAAUGAAUCUCUUGAAAUUGAGUGCGUCGAGCAUACGGCAGCAGAUGAGGCAAGAAGCGAAGAAGAGAGAAAGCAAACAGCAGAUAAUUCAUUCUUCCGCAGUCAUGUCCGGCGGUUUCCGGCGGGCGAGGUGGCUGAAGAGCUCAAAAUUCUGGCCAAAACCGCAUGCCCCAUAAUGUUGACAACCUUGCUUAUAUACUCCAAAUCCAUAAUUUCCAUGCUCUUCUUGGGCCGCAUGGGGAACAUGGAGCUCGCCGGAGGCACCCUUGGAAUUGGAUUUGCCAACAUCACAGGCUUCUCCGUCAUGAAAGGCCUCGCCGUGGCAAUGGACUCAAUCUGCUCCCAAGCCUAUGGGGCCAAGCGGUGGUCAGUUCUCAGCCAAACAUACCUCAAAACCUUCCUGCUCCUCUUGUCCGUCUCUGUUCCCAUCUCCGUCCUGUGGCUAAACGUCGAAACCGUCUUCCUCCGGCUCGGUCAGGACCGGGUUAUCACCCAAGUCGCCAAGGUUUACCUCUUCUUCUCCCUUCCGGAGCUUCUUUCCCAAGCCCACCUCCUCCCUCUCCGCUCAUUCCUCAGAACCCAGAGCCUCAACUCGCCGGGCACCGUUGUCGCGACGUGUGCUACGAUCCUCCACCUCCCCAUCAACUUCUUGCUAGUCAGGUACCUCAAUCUGGGAGUCAAAGGCGUUGCCUUGAGCUCGGUUUGUUACUCCUUCAACAUGAACAUCGGCUUGCUGAUAUACACUUUUUUGUCAAGAGUGGCACUCAAGCCAUGGGUGGGUGCAACCCUGAUUUCUACGCUUCAAGGGUGGUGGCCGCUGCUGAGCCUGGCUCUGCCCAGUGUUUGCUCGGUUUGCCUGGAAUGGUGGUGGUACGAGAUCAUAUUGUUCAUUGGCGGGCUGCUAGACAACCCGCAAUCCACCGUCGGAGCAACGGGGGUUUUGAUUCAGACAACCGGCGCCAUAUACUCAGUCUCCUAUGCACUGAGCUUGGGCAUUUCGCAGCGGGUCGGGCACGAGCUCGGGGCCGGAGAAGCAGCCCGCGCGCAGAGAGCCGCUAUAAUUGGGAUGAGCAUCGGCCUGGCCUACGGCCUCGCUGCCUUCGGUUCCUCUUUAGCUUUAAGAUCGGUGUGGGGGAAGAUGUACACCGAUGAUCCACAGACUCUCGCUUUGAUCUCAAAGGCUCUGCCAGUGCUGGGACUGGCGGAGGUUGGAAAUGCUCCGCAGACGGCGGCGUGCGGCGUUCUCAUGGGGUCUGCUCGGCCGAAGCUUGGCGUCCGGGUGAAUUUAGCGUCGUUUUACCUGGUGGGGCUGCCUGUUUCAGUGGUGCUAGCAUUCACUCUGAAGAUGGGUUUCUGGGGGCUCUGGUGGGGGCUGGUUGCAGCUCAAUAUACGUGUGUGUCGAUGAUGAUGUAUGUUUUGUACCAAACUGACUGGAGGUUUCAGGCGAAAAGGGCGGAGGAGCUGACUCUGGCAGCCGGAGAGGAGGAUGUGGGUACCAAUCUGGUGACAGAAUCGUAGCUCCGGCUGGGCAUGCACAAUUCAAUGUAAAUCUUCAUAUCAUUCUUUUCCUCAUUCUGUUGGGGAUGGUAUACCUAGCAGGCUAGCACAAAUUUGUAAUCCACAGCUUUUCCAUG